AUGUCUCAGUACUCAGGAAAGAUCGUGUUCUAUGAGGGAAAAUGCUUCACUGGGAGGAAGCUGGAGAUCUGCGGCGACUGCGACAACUUCCAGGACCGCGGCUUCAUGAACAGGGUCAACUCUGUCCGUGUGGAGAGCGGGGCCUUCAUCUGCUUUGACCAUCCAGACUUCAAGGGCCAACAGUACAUUCUGGAGCACGGAGAGUACCCUGAAUUCCAGCGCUGGAAUGCCCAUAAUGAUCACAUGGGCUCCUGCAGGCCAAUCAGGAUGCAUGGAGAGCACUACAGGAUGGAGCUGUUCGAGGGAGACAACUUCAGUGGCCAGUGUGUGGAGAUGUGCGAUGACUGUCCUUUCCUGCAGGCACGAGGCCUGACCAAGAACUGCAUCAACUCCAUCAGGGUUUAUGGAGAUGGAGCCUGGGUGCUGUAUGAGGAGCCUAACUACCGUGGACGCAUGUACAUCGUGGAGAGAGGAAGCUACUGCACCCACAUGGAGUGGGACGCAGAGAACCCCAACAUCCAGUCUGUUCGCAGAGUGGCGAACUAUUUCUAAACCAUCGCAUCUCCGUCACUGGCAAUACGACCGCAGGGACGAGAUCAUCAACCGAGGAAAAACACACCACACUGUCAAGUAAUCUCCCGCUGACU